UGCCUGAGUCUCGUUGUUAGUAUGCUAAUGUGCGUUAAGUCAACUUUGUCUUGUGCUGUUGCAUGAAAAACGGACGCGAGCAGACAGUUGACUGAGUCAGCAAUUAAGUUGAAUUUAUCGACAGUCAAAAGGACGUCUGCUGCGAAUCUUACGGCAACAAAUGUCCCUGCAUAUUUACUCGUCUGAUAAAUACAAGACGUUGCUAGUUUACAUGGAGUAAUAACAAUUGUUUGAGCGUGUAUGGACUGAAACACUUUUGAAGUCAACUUGAAAAAGCAUUGGAGGAAAAUGAAUCUUUCUUUUGACGACCCGUCACUGGACACCUUGGACUCCAGUUUGUCUUUACACGAUCCGAGUGAUAUUGACACAGCCCUGCUCAAUGACAUCGAUGACAUGCUCCAGCUUAUCACCAACCAAGACAUGGAGUUCGGAGGGCUGUUUGAUCAUGCUCCAUUCCCCGCUCCCCCUGUCCCUACGCAGGAACUUUCAGGCCUGCCUCACUUCAGCCCCCCGUCUCCCCCACCCACCUCCUCCACGCCCACCAUCACCUCCUCCAUCCUCAGCAGCAGCCCUCACCUGGAUGCCCUGCUGGGCCCUCCCAUAACCCGCAGCUCUUCCAUCCCAGACAAGUUGUUCCACCCUCCCACCUUUCAGCAGUCUCCGCUGGCCCAGGUGACCUCCACCCCUGCAAACUCUGCCACACUGCAGACCACGCAACCCAAAGCUCAGCCUGCUCCAUCUCCCAGCCUCCAUCCUUCCACCCCGGCUGGCAAGAGCCCAGUGUUCGGCUCCUCCAUCUUCAGCUCACCUACACCCCGAGCACCGCAGCAGCAGCAGGCCGUGGUCACUUACACCAAACAGAAUGGCUACACCGCAGUCAAUCAGCAGAGCUCCCCUCAGCCAAACCAGAGUGUCCCCGCCUCUCCACAGAACGUUCAGAAAAUGGCCAUACAAGCUCAGGUGCAGUGCCUCUCGACUUCUCCCAUCCUGACCACCUCCACGCAGACCAUGUCUUCUCAGGUUCAACAAGUUCCUGUUUUGUUGCAGCCUCAGUUCAUUAAGGCGGAGUCUCUCUUGCUCACCACUCUGAAGCCUGAUGUAACCAUGGUAACAACAGUAGCAUCACCCUGCAUCACUUCGCUUGCUACAUCCACAGCACCUAUCCAGAACACCUCACUGCAGGCUCUGAUGAGUGGUGGCACCAUCCUGACUACUGUUCCACUAGUAGUAGACACAGAUAAACUGCCGAUCAACCGCAUCGCCAUCAGUGGGAAACUAGGUAGCCUGCCGUACAAGGGCGAGAAACGCACGGCCCACAACGCCAUCGAGAAACGCUACCGCUCCUCCAUCAACGACAAGAUCCUCGAGCUCAAAGAUCUGGUGGCGGGAACUGAAGCUAAGCUCAAUAAGUCGGCAGUGUUGAGGAAAGCCAUUGACCACAUUCGCUACCUUCAGCAGUCCAACCAAAAACUAAAGCAGGAGAACAUGGCUCUCAAAAUGUCCAUCCAGAAGAACAAGUCUCUAAAGGACCUUGUGACUAUGGAAGUAGAAGUGAAACCAGAGAUCCCCACCCCCCCAGCCUCAGAUGCUGGCUCGCCCCAGUCCAGCGGACCCUACUCCCACAACGGCAGCGACUCAGAACCAGACAGCCCAAUGGAAGAAGACAGCAAGCCUAUGGUUGACAGGGCUGGAGGAAUGUUGGACCGCUCUCGCAUGGCUCUGUGUGCUUUUACCCUCCUCUUCCUCUCCUUUAACCCGCUUGCCUCUUUGCUGUGUGGGGGCUGGAGCAGCUCUGGAGAAUCUGUCUCUGGACAUGUAGUAGGCAGAACAAUGCUGACAGUGCAGGAAACAGGUGCUGAUACUCUUACUGCACCUAGUGAGAGAUCAGAGUCAUGGGGUUGGAUGGACUGGAUGUUGCCCACUUUACUGGUGUGGUUGUUAAACGGUGUUCUGGUUGCUGCAGUUCUAAUCAGACUGCUAGUGUAUGGAGAACCAGUGACCAGACCCCACUCAGAAUCAUCUGUCCUCUUCUGGAGACAUCGCAAACAGGCAGACCUGGACCUAGCCAGGGGAGACUUUGCUCAGGCCUCUCAGAACCUCUGGACGUGUCUCAAAGCUCUCGGUCGUCCUCUGCCCACCUCUCAGCUGGAUCUGACCUGUGCUGUGCUGUGGUCCGCUCUGCGUCUGUGUCUGCAGAGACUGUGGGUGGGUCGCUGGCUAGCCAGCCGAGCUGGAGCCCUCCGUUCUAAUCGCCCGCUACAGGAGGAUGCCCGCAAGAGCUGCCGUGAUGCUGCCUUGGUCUACCACCGUCUACAUCAACUCCAUAUGACUGGCAAGCUUGGUGGCAGCCAUCUUUCUGCAAUCCACAUGGCUCUGAGUGCUCUCAAUCUGGCAGAAUGUGCAGUAGACUGUCUCCCCGUUGCCACACUGGCAGAAAUCUAUGUGUCUGCAGCCCUCCGAGUCAAAACCAGCCUACCCCGUCUGCUUCACUUCACCACUCGAGUAUUCUUGAGCAGCGCUCGACAGGCCUGUCUCUCGCCCAGUGGAAGUGUUCCUCCGGCUAUGCAGUGGUUGUGUCACCCUCUUGGUCAUCGCUUCUUUGUGGAUGGAGACUGGUCCAUACGCAGCACUCCUAAAGAGAGCAUUUACAGCCAGGCAGGAAACUCAGUUGACCCGCUGGCUCAGGUGACCCAGGCGUUCCGUGAGCACCUUUUGGAGAAGGCUCUAUACUGUGUGGCACAGCCACAGGGUGAUAACACCCUCGCUGAUGGGGACGGAGAAUACUCCGAUGCUCUAGAAUACCUGCAGUUACUCACGAGCGCAUCAGACGCAGCAGGAGGCACAACGCAGUCCUUCGCCAUUGGAUCCAACAUGGCCACUGUUACAGGCUGUGACCCUCACUCCAAAUGGUGGUCGUCGGUUGCCGUGGUGAUAAUUAAUUGGCUCCAGGGAGAUGACGUGGCUGCCGAGAGACUCUACCCAGCGGUGGAACACCUACCACACAGUCUUCAGUCCGUAGAGAGUCCACUGCCCAAAGCCUAUCUCAACACAUUUAAAGCUGUGCGCUCGCUGCUGGCCAAACCUGAGAACUACCAGCUCUGCCUCAGUUACUGUGAGAAAGCCAGCUGCCUCUUUAGAGACAGCCUCAACCCACAUAGCAACACCAACACUCUAGACAAGCUGGUGCAGUUGCUGCUGUGUGAUCUGUUGUUGGUGACGCGCACUAAUGUGUGGAGGGAGCAGCAGGUGGCGUCACAGCAGAGCUCUCCGACGGCCGCAUCACCUGCAGAGCUGCAGGGCUUCCAGCAGGAUCUGAGCUCUCUCCGCAAACUCGCUCAGUGCUUCAGACCGGCCAUGCGCAGGUUGUUCCUGCAUGAAGCCACAGCCCGGCUGAUGGCAGGAGCCAGUCCAACACGCACACACCAGCUCUUGGACCGCAGCCUGCGUCGCCGCACAACACCUGGCAGCAGAACAGAGGCGUGCGAGAUGCGGCCGGGCCAGCGAGAGCAGGCGGAGGCCAUGAUCCUGGCGUGCCGGUAUCUGCCCCCCUCCUUCCUGUCUGCUCCGGGGCAGAGGGUGGGCAUGCUGGUCGAUGCCGCCCGUACACUGGAGAAACUGGGCGACAAACGCACCCUUCACGACUGCCAACAGAUAAUCAUCAAACUAGGCAGCGGAACCACAGUCACAUCCACCUAGCCAAAAACACAAACACUUAAAAACACUUUCACAAACACACCCCUUGAUCUCUAAAGAGAGAGAACAGGCAAGCUCAUUAUUCAGGCCUCAGUCACGAUCAAACAGGAAUGCAGAGACUUGUCGAGCGUUAUGUCUUUGAAUUCAUUCGACUCUGCCCUAUUCAAGACGACAUAUUCAAAAUGAAUCACAAGAUACAAACGCAGGGAAAACAAUGGGAUCCUCUUUUGAAAUGUUUUGUUGACAUUUUUGAUAUGGAAGUAAUUAUUUAACUUAUUUAUCUGCCCUGAGAAAGAUUGAAAAGAAGUCAUUUUUAUUCCAUUUCCUUUGUGAAAUGGCUUUGUGUAAUGAUGCGCUGUCAGACCAUUUGGUGGACUUGUUUACUGAAGACUGGAUGUUGUAGAGCUUCUCUACUUUACUUUAGCACCUUUAGAGAAAAGUACACAUUAAAAUAUCCUGAUAUUUUGGUGUAGAGAUAUAUUGUUUGUCAAGAGAUAUCUUGUUUAUCUCAACCAUAAAUGGUAAAGUAGUUCCUACUUUUCUGCAUUUUAUCAUCUGGGAUUAAUUCUGCAUAUUGAUUUUGCAUGAUCUUUGUAUGUAUUUAAAAAAAAACACUAUUUAUGAUUUGUCUUAAAUAGGUGAGUAGUGUUUUCAAAGAAAGGGCUAAUGGUGGAUCUUUCUGAACUUGAAACAGUUUAAAUUAAUUCUAUCAGCAAAACUGGUCUUGGAUCAUCAGAAACGUACAAUUUCUACCUGCAGCCACCAUAUGAUGUUGGUCACUGGAUUUGUGUCCAUUUGCACUAUUGAGUGAGUGGACUGCUUGGUCGCCUACUGACAAAAAAGCCCACGGUUUGCCAUUGAAUCCAAUAUUUAGUUUGUAUUUCCAACCGGAAUGGUUGUAAGUCUUGUAUUGCAGUUUCUAUCCAAUGAUUUUCAUCUGCAUCAAAUGUUAUAGAAGUAUUGAUCAUAAGCAAAGACAUCAGCGAUAAUAUCUUUAUCCAAAGAUACAGUUCAAAACCGAUGAUCUAGGCUACCUGCAGCUCUUGUUAGGCAGGGAACCAUAUUUAUAUUUAAUUUCUUGCCACAGUUAUGAUUACUAGACAUUUUAUAUCCACAGUAACAAUGAGAGAUUUGCAGUUGACAUUCAUCACUUGUACGCUAACUUUUCUGUAGUGCUUGCAAUCAAGUCUCAAAGACAAAUGUUUAAACUUGCAUAUGCACAUACAGUA